GCACCUGAAUAAUCUCGAGUGAUUGUAAGUGUGAUGAUCAUCUGCUAAAUGAGCAACAACGACCACAAUUCACUCCUUCAGUCAGUGAAGCUCCCACAGCCGUUCAUGAGAGUUUAAAUGCUGGGGAAUAUUCCCAUCUUCCCACAGGAGAAGAAGAAGCAAGCAGGAGGAAUUACUCCAGGAGAAACUACGGACAUACUAUUGUAAAGAUGGAGAUUAAGGAAGAACCCUGCAGAAUAAAAGAUGAAGAUACAGAGGAACAAAUAGAUGGAAAUGCAGUCGUUUCAAAGACUGGAGAGAAUUUUACACAAACACAAGCUGGAAAAUCUGGAGUCAAAAGAUCUUUAACCUGUUCUGAGUGUGGAAAGAGUUUUGUAUGUAAAUCAACCCUGAACAAACACAUGAUGAUUCACACCGGAGAAAAGCCUUUUACAUGCACUCAGUGUGAAAAGAGUUACAGACAUAAAGGACACCUAAAUUAUCACAUGAGAAUUCACACUGGAGAAAAACCGUUCACAUGCUCUCAGUGUGGAAAGAGUUUCAGUCGUAAAAGUAAUCUCAACAUUCAUUUGCAUUGUCACUCUGGAGUGAGAUCAUUCAGCUGUGAUCAGUGUGAUAAAACAUUUGUUUUUGAAUCAAGCUUAAGAAAACACAUUAAAGUUCAUGCUGGUGUGAAGCCUCACGUUUGUUCUUUUUGUGGAAAGAGUUUUUCACAACUGGAACAUUUAAAAGAGCAUGAGCGUAUUCAUACUGGUGUGAGACCUUAUAUGUGCUCUGACUGUGGGAAGACCUUCACUUCAUCCAGCCACUUAAAAACACACCAGAGAGUUCAUACUGGAGAGAAACCGUACAACUGUGAUCAGUGUGAUAAAACAUUUGUUUAUGAAUCAGGCUUAAGAGAACACCUUAAAGUUCAUGCUGCUGUGAAGCCUCACUUUUGUUCGUUUUGUGGAAAGAGUUUUUCACAACUUGGAUCUUUAAAAGAGCAUGAGCGUAUUCAUACUGGUGUGAAACCUUAUGUGUGCUCUGACUGUGGAAAGACCUUCACUUCAUCCAGCAACUUAAAAUCACACCAGAGAGUUCACACUGGAGAGAAACCGUACAAGUGUUCACACUGUGGAAAGAGUUUCUCUCAUUCAGGAAACCUGAAAGAUCAUGAGAGAGUUCAUACUGGAGAGAAACCGCACCAGUGCUCUACAUGUGGGAAGAGUUUCAGUCAUUUAUCUACUCUACAGAAACAUAAGAAAAUGCAUUGCCUGAAGGUGUCUAAGUGAGCAAAGUUCACUUCCAUAAUUGGUAAAUAAGCAAAA